AGGUAGUUGAAAUAGGUAAAUGGACGACUCUUGUACUCAAAUGCUGGAAUGAAAGGAGUACAGUGGACCCCCACUUUACGAUCACCUCCCACUGCGACCAAUUAUGUCAUUCUGAUAAUGGAGGCUGGCACUUGUGUCAAUACUACAGGUCAUCCUGGUACAAGAAGGUGGCACUUGUAGUGUCAACACUGCAGGUCAUCCUUGUACAAAGUGGCACUUAUAUCAAUACUCCAGAUCAUCCUGGUACAAGGUGGCACUUGUUGUGUCAGUACUGCAGGUCAUCCUGGUACAAAGUGGCACUUGUACUGCAGGUUAUCCUGGUACAAGGUGAUACUUGUAGUUCCAACAUCAGUGUUAGAAAUCUCCUGUAAGUUCUACAAAUACUAUAAUGUAUAAUGUGACAACACUAACUACAGUAUUAAUGCAAUGACAACACCAUCUACAGUGUCAAUAAUAACUACCGUGGUAAUACAGUAACAUUAACUACAGUGUAAAUAAUAGUGACAACAAUAGUGUUAAUAGUAACAACACGAGGGUGUUGAUACAGUGACAAUUAGUGUUGAUAAUAAAGAUAAUACUAACCACAGUGUUAAUACAACAGUUACAGUGUCAGCAACAGUGUCAUGUGGUUAAUGCGUCAUAAAUAUCAGCUAGUUUCAUCACAUUCCUUGGACACACUAUUACCCUUACAGGUUUAGUGCUUCUUAUAUUUAUAAUAACAGUAUUUUACAGAAAUAUUUUUAUGUGAAAUAAGAUAUCUCAAAAUCUCCUCUGGUUAAACAGGUUAAUACAUUUGAGAAUUUAUUGUUCACUAUGUCCAAAAUACUUGGAAAACAAUGUGUUGAGGCAACACAAUGUACAGUUGUUCAUGUACGAGGCCAAUUAGAUCAACAAUCACACUCACUCAAACAAUCUUCACAACAACCUCGGUGUGAAUAUCUGACCAAAUUUAUUACAGACAAAAAAACACCUCAAUGUUCAGUGUGUCUGAAAGAUUUUUCUAAAAAUUGUUACUUGCUACAGCACAUGAGAACUCACACUGGAGAGAAGCCAUAUCAGUGUUCAGAAUGUCUGAAAGACUUCUCUGUAAAAUCAAGGUUAAUAAGACACAUGAAAACUCAUACUGGAGAGAAGCCAUAUCAUUGUUCAGAAUGUCUAAAAGACUUUUUUUAUGAGUCUAAUUUAGUUAGUCACAUGAGAAUUCAUACUGGAGAGAAGCCAUAUCAGUGUUCAGAAUGUCUGAAAGAUUUUUCUACAGAAUCAAAUUUAGUUAGUCACAUGAGAACUCAUACUGGAGAGAAACCAUAUCAGUGUUCAGAAUGUCUGAAAGACUUCUCUCGAAACUCAUGUUUAGUCAGUCACAUGAGAAUUCAUACUGGAGAGAAGCCAUUUCAGUGUUCAGAAUGUCUCAAAGACUUUUCCACAAAAUCAAGAUUAAUAAGACACAUGAAAACUCAUACUGGAGAGAAGCCAUAUCAGUGUUUAGAAUGUCUAAAAGACUUUUCUAGAAGGUCAUGUUUAGCCAGUCACAUGAGAACUCAUACUGGAGAGAAGCCAUUUAAGUGCUCAGAAUGUCUGAAACACUUUCCUGUAAAAUCAAGAUUAAUAAGACACAUAAAAACUCAUACUGAAGAGAAGCCAUAUCAAUGUUCAGAAUGUCUGAAAGACUUUUUUUAUAAGUCUAAUUUAGUCAAUCACAUGAGAACUCAUACUGGAGAGAAGCCAUAUCAGUGUUUAAAAUGUCUGAAAGACUUUUCGACAAAAUCAAAUUUAUUUAGUCACAUGAGAACUCAUACUGGAGAGAAGCCAUAUCAGUGUUCAGAAUGUCUCAAAGACUUUUCUCGAAAGUCUGAUUUAACGAAUCACAUGAGAACUCAUACUGGAGAGAAACCAUAUCAAUGUUCAGAAUGUCUGAAAGACUUUUCAACAAAAUCAAAUUUAUUUAGUCACAUGAGAACUCAUACUGGAGAGAAGCAAUAUCACUGUUCAGAAUGUCUCAAAGACUUUUCUCGGAAGUCUGAUUUAAUGAAUCACAUGAGAACUCAUACUGGAGAGAGGCCAUAUCAGUGUUCAGAAUGUCUCAAAGACUUUUCGACAAAAUUAAGUUUAGUUAGUCACAUGAGAACUCAUACUGGAGAGAAGCAAUAUCAGUGUUUAGAAUGUCUGAGAGACUUUUCUCGAAAGUCUGAUUUAAUGAAUCACAUGAGAACUCAUACUGGAGAGAAGCCAUACCAGUGUUCAGAAUGUCUCAAAGACUUUUCUGUAAAAUCAAAUUUAGUUAGUCACACGAGAACUCAUACUGGAGAGAAGCCAUAUCAGUGCUCAGAAUGUCUUAGAGACUUUUCUCGAAACUCUGAUUUAAUGAAUCACAUGAGAACUCAUACUGGAGAGAAGCCAUAUCAGUGCUCAGAAUGUCUCAAAGAUUUUUCUACAAAAUCAAAUUUAGUCAGUCACAUGAGAACUCAUACUGGAGAGAAGCCAUAUCAGUGUUCAAAAUGUCUCAAAGACUUUUCUGCUAAAUCGGGAUUAGUUCGUCACAUGAGUACUCAUACUGGAGAGAAGCCGUAUCAGUGUUCAGAAUAUCCGAAAGACUUCUUUUAAAAGGAGCUUAAGUAAGUCACAUGAGAAGUCAUACUGAAGAGGAACCUUUGCCAGAAGUGGUGUCAAGUUUCAUGCAUCAAUAUUGUUACCUGUACCAACACUGAUAUUAAAGUAGCGAAGUGUUUUGGGGUCUCCUUGGAAGACACAAGAUAGUGGGAGCAUAUUACAUCAUAAACUAUAGAAACACUAACAAAAAAAAAAAAAAUCCUUUGAGGAAUUGAGUUUUAUAUGACUGGAAAGUGAAGAAUUAACCCCUUGACUGUCGCAACCCCCAAUCCUGAGGUGUCUCCUGGUGUCGCAAAAUUUAAAAAAAAAAAUUAUUUUUUCUUAUGAAAUGAUAGAGAAUCUUUUCUCGAUUGUAAUGACACCAAAAAAACGAAAUUUGAUGGAAAACUGACGGAAUUAUGCUUUCGCGAAGUUAGCGACCUCGGCGAUAUUUACAAAUAGGCGAUUUCGCCCACUUUGAGUCCUAUUUUCGGUUAAUUCCGUUGUUCCAGUCGACCAAACUCAUAGCUAUUUCUCUAGAACUCCAUUUUUUCUAUCGAUUGAGUACAAGAAACUGCCCAUUUACCGAUUUCAACUACCCAAUAAUGUGGUCAGAAAUUUGCAAUUUGGCCAAUUUCACGAAAAUUAAAAAAUAUGACAAUUUCAAAAUAAGGUCCAGAAUGAACAAUGCAGACAUUCCUGGCUCUAAAAUAACAUUUUCUUUGUUCAUCAGUCAUGUCUCCUGGCCCCUCUGAUAUUACUCUUGCUUUCUAUUUUGAACUUUUAUUCAAACAAAAAAUAGAAGACUUACUGUUAUGCAGACUACUGCAAUAUUGUAAUAAUUGUACAAAUAAUGUCAACCCAUUCAUGACUGCAUAUUAGAAUGGCUAGUUGGACAUUUAUUGGACAAUGACAUCAUUUGUUUACUUUUGAACAUUGGCAAAAAUCAAACAUUUUCCCUACUUUGAGCUCCAUUUCCAGGUUCUUUUUAUAGUAAAAUCAAUCAAAAUCACCUCUAUUUCUAUAAUAUGUUUUCCAUUCUAUCAAAUGAGACCAAGAAAACGAGAAUACAACCAUAAAUACUAUACGAAAAUAGACCAUAAACUCGGCAUUUUAAUUAAAAAAAACGGUCGGAGUUUUUUUUUUCUCAUUAUGCACUGCGUGCUCCAGAAUUUUUUUUAUAUGGUGCACACUGACCACACAGACCCAUUCUCUCACAUGUGGGCCUACCAGCUUUCUCCUUGAUUUGAAGCCGCUAGAAUUUAUGAGUAUAUAUACGUCAAACAUGGUACCUCGUAAGACGUAUAUAUACGGCCGCGACAGUCAAAGGGUUAAGAGAGGAUCUAGAAAGUACAGCAUGUCACAAUGAAACGUGGGGAUCAGAAAGCAGGACAGCAGGGGGAACUCAGUGAUGCAAGAUAAUGUUCAAGUUGGUGCUGUCAGCCCUGGUGCUUCCUUCAAAGACUAGAAAUUUGUCUGGACUGCCUCCAAGUGAGAUGCUUACCCUAGCAGGUGCUGUUGACACAGACCCCGAGAAUAGUUCUCAGUCUCAAGUAAUUUAUGGGACACUUUUCCAUAUAUAACUGAACUCGCAAGAAAAAUUCCCAACUACAUGCACAAAUAAAAGGACUAUCUUACUUGGUGGAGAAUAAUGUCACCAGGUUCUUCCAGUCUCCUCAAGACUUAGACCCCUCUGGUCUCUCACCUUCAUGACAACACGUGCAGUGAAGGGCUUAAUUUCUGCAAGUAUUCAGAAGGUAUUAGUGUCCUACCUGCACCUCAGCUCUCUGAUUUCAAAGGAUAUUCCCAAAGCCAUAUUUAUGCAGUAAGUGAUGCUAGCUUCCAGACUAAUGCUUAAGGGGAGAUGCCCACAAUUAUUACCUUUCAGUGGGCAUUUGCCCGCUUAUAACCCACAGCUCAAAUGACGCACCUUCCUCAGAAUAUCGCCGGCCAGCUAUACUUAUACUAAGAGAAAUGAAAGGUAUUGUCUUACUGUGGGGACCUGGAUAGAGACGAAUACCCACAGUACAUUGGGAAGCCUCUAUGAUUCUUUAUUCCUCAGGCCAAGUAUUUUGGAGACACGUGGGGCACCAAGCUGUAGCUCUGGGUACUGUUGUCUCCACGGUGUCCAGUCCAAGAAGGGAGAGCUGGCAUCUCUCUCCCGCCUAAUUCAAGCAUGGGGUUGCCAGUUCUCCUUGGCUAACAUAACCUAAUAUUCACCUUUAUUAAAAGCCUAAGCCUACCAAUGUUAAGGCCCUAGGAUUACAUUAUUAAUAUCUAAAGUUGCCUCAAUAAUCCUAAUAUUAGUUACUAACUGUAUAAACUGUAGGUAGUAGGUUGGUAGACAGCUACCGCCCAGGGAGGUACUACCGUCCUGCCAAGUGAGUGUAAAAUGAAAGCCUGUAAUUGUUUUACAUGAUGGUAGGAUUGCUGGUGUCUUUUGUCUGUCUCAUAAAUAUGCAAGAUUACAGGUAAGUCUUGCUACUUCUACUUACACUUAGGUCACACUACACAUACAUGUAUAAGCAUAUAUAUACACACCCCUCUGGGUUCUCUUCUAUUUUCUUUCUAAUUCUU